UUCAGAAAUCACUGAGAAAAUGUAUGAUCUUGGCUGUAAAAUUAAAGCAUAUGAAGAAAGUAAAACAGAAUCAGAACUAAAGAAACAAGCAGAUCUAAUGUGUGAACUGGGUGAUGAGUUCAUGGAAUCAGCUGAAACCUCUCCAACCUGGUAUGAACAUUAUGUCUGGGCGUCUGGUCUCUUUAAUGCUGCAAAAUGUCGUCAGCCUACCGAGACAUUAUGGCUAAAGGUAAAGGAUUUAACUUCAUCCAGUCCAAGCUCAAUUUAUAGUCACGAUUAUAUUGACCAAAGAAUACAACAAAUUGACACCAAUUUCCUAAAUAAACUGUCUAAGAAGAAUACGAUGUCAACACGUAAACUCACAAAGAAGUACAAAGAGGCACUUGAAACAAUACGUAACUACUCAGAAAACACUGUGAAUAACAUCAUUGACAAUGACAUGGUUGUAGAUGAUGUUACAUCAGAGAUCAAGCCUGAAUAUGAAGACAAAACAAUAGAACAUAGUAAGGUCUACUAUAAUGAUCUCACAGAGAAGCUUUUAGAAUUUUAUAGGUCAAUUAUCACAAAUUGUAUGUCUGUUUUAGAUCUUCAGAAUUGUAAAUACAGGGUUGCUAUUAUGGCUUUAGGGUCACUGUCCCGUAAAGAAGUGACAGCUUAUUCUGAUAUAGAGUGGGCAAUAUUGUAUGAUCCAUUAGGCCAGCCAGAUGCACUAGUUAGAGAUGAGUUACGUAUGUUAGUUUAUUAUGUUCAUCUCCAUGUACUCAAUCUAGGUGAGACCAUUUUGAACAAUCUUGACAUUCCCGUGUUAACAAACUUCAAUGACAAAUUGCUACCAAGACCCAAUAUGACUGAUGUAGACUUUAGGGACAAUGUUACGACAAGAGGUAUCUCACUUGAUGGAACACACCCUUUAGCAAGUAAGACACCAAUAGGACGAAAAUCAAGAAAGAACCCUACGAAACCAGAAACACUAGAACUUAUAAUGACAUUAGAUGAAAUGACCAAAUACCAAUUCACUGAUGAAUCAUUAAAAGAGGGGUAUCGUCUCAGUGAUGUGUUGAUGAACUCAGCAUUGAUUACAGGAGAUGACACCCUCUGGCAUGAUUACAAUGACAAGGUUCAUUCCAUAUUACAACAAAAACAGUCCAAGAGACCAAACAUGUCAAUAGGUGCAGAAAGGGCCAUGGAAACACUAAAUGAUGACUUAAAGAAAUUUCUUGAAAAGCCGCUUACUAGUGAAUCAUUUAGUAUGGCAAUGCAUACCAAACAUGAUGUAUAUAGAUUAACAACCAUCUCUAUAAACAUCCUUAAGCUACUACACGGUUGUAAAUCUUUUGCUCCCUUAGAUGUCCUUGAUGAGUUAUUUGAAAGAAAUAUCUUAACUGAAAGAGCUAAAAAGGAUUUGCAACUCAUGGUUUGCAUUGCAACCAAUCUCAGACAUAUGGUGUACAGUAAAUAUAAACAACAAAAAGAAAACAUAUCAUUUUUGUUAAGUAAAUCUGAUAAAGAUUCAAUAGACUCGACAAAUGUUUUACCUGUUAGAGGAUACACUGCAAUUAUUCAAUUUUACACUAUAUUCAAGCCAUGGUCUAAUUUUUUGGUCUCUCAGAAAAACAACACUAAGUCAUGGACACAUCAAGAAAGGUACAUGGAAGAUAGCAAUGUCGUUAAAGGUGAAUUAUACAAAGACAUGUAUUUUUCAGAAAAGGCAGUAUUUGCUUAUCAAAGAGAAUUAGAAAAGCACAGAAAACUUGCUGAACAUGGAAAUAAGCAAGUAAUAAUCUCCCUUCAACUUGAACUUGGUUUAUUAUACCAAACACGUGCUGAGUUUAAAGAUGCUUUGCAGAUUAAUAAUGAGGCUCUGGUCAUUUGUAAGACAAUUUAUGGAGAUAACCCACACAAAAGUGUAGCAACAUCCUUACAUAAUAUAGGUUCUGUGUAUGAUGACAUGGGAGAGUAUACCAAAGCAAUGAAAUAUUAUGAAGAUAGUUUAUCAAUGGAAAUGAAGAUCCAUGGAGAUAACCCCCACCCAAGUGUAGCAUCAUCCUUACAUAAUAUAGGUCUUGUGUAUGCGAAAAUGGGUGAGUACAUCAAACCAAUGAAAUAUUAUGAAGAUAGUUUAUCAAUGAAUUUGAAGAUCCAUGGAGAUAACCCACACCCAGAUGUAGCAUCAUCCUUACAUAAUAUAGGUCUUGUGUAUAAGAAUAUGGGAGAGUAUACCAAAGCAAUGAAAUAUUAUGAAAAUAGUUUAUCAAUGGAGAUGAAGAUCCAUGGAGAUAACCCACACCCAGCUAUAGCAGCAUCCUUACAUAAUAUAGGUUCUGUGAAUGACAACAUGGGAGAGUAUACCAAAGCAAUGAAAUAUUAUGAAGAUAGUUUAUCAAUGGUAAUGAAGAUCCAUGGAGAUAACCCACACCCAGCUAUAGCAGCAUCCUUACAUAAUAUAGGUCUUGUGUAUAAGAAAAUGGGAGAGUACAUCAAAGCAAUGAAAUAUUAUGAAGAUAGUUUAUCAAUGAGAAUGAGGAUCCAUGGCGAUAACCCACACCCAGAUGUAGCAACAUCCUUACAUAAUAUAGGUUCUGUGUAUGACAACAUGGGAGAGUAUACCAAAGCAAUGAAAUAUAAUGAAGAUAGUUUAUCAAUGAGAAUGAGGAUCCAUGGCGAUAACCCACACCCAGAUGUAGCAGCAUCCUUACAUAAUAUAGGUUCUGUGUAUGCCGACAUGGGAGAGUAUACCAAAGCAAUGAAAUAUUAUGAAGAUAGUUUAUCAAUGAAAAUGAAGAUCCAUGGAGAUAACCCCCACCCAAGUGUAGCAUCAUCCUUACAUAAUAUAGGUUCUGUGUAUGACAACAUGGGAGAGUAUACCAAAGCAAUGAAAUAUAAUGAAGAUAGUUUAUCAAUGAGAAUGAGGAUCCAUGGCGAUAACCCACACCCAGAUGUAGCAGCAUCCUUACAUAAUAUAGGUUCUGUGUAUGCCGACAUGGGAGAGUAUACCAAAGCAAUGAAAUAUUAUGAAGAUAGUUUAUCAAUGAAAAUGAAGAUCCAUGGAGAUAACCCCCACCCAAGUGUAGCAUCAUCCUUACAUAAUAUAGGUUCUGUGUAUGACAACAUGGGAGAGUAUACCAAAGCAAUGAAAUAUUAUGAAGAUAGUUUAUCAAUGAACAUGAAGAUCCAUGGAGAUAACCCCCACCCAGAUGUAGCAGCAUCCUUACAUAAUAUAGGUUCUGUGUAUGAGGACAUGGGAGAGUAUACCAAAGCAAUGAAAUAUUAUGAAGAUAGUUUAUCAAUGGAGAUGAAGAUUCACGGAGAUAACCCACACCCAAGUGUAGCAUCAUCCUUACAUAAUAUAGGUUCUGUGUAUGACGACAUGGGAGAGUAUACCAAAGCAAUGAAAUAUUAUGAAGAUAGUUUAUCAAUGAAAAUGAAAAUCCAUGGAGAUAACCCCCACCCAGAUGUAGCAGCAUCCUUACAUAAUAUAGGUCUUGUGUAUAAGAAACUGGGAGAGUAUACCAAAGCAAUGAAAUAUUAUGAAGAUAGUUUAUCAAUGAGGAUGAGGAUCUAUGGAGAUAACCCACACCCAAGUGUAGCAUCAUCCUUACAUAAUAUAGGUUCUGUGUAUAACAACACAGGAGAGUUUACCAAAGCAAUGAAGUACUAUAAUGAGUGUUUAGCUAUUGAAAGGAAGGUAUAUGGGAGUGAUUCACAUCCUGAAGUUGCAAAAACUUUGAGAAAUAUAGACAGAUGUCAAGAAGCUCAGAUUAAUCAACCAAAAUAGCAUUUUCAACAGUUUUCUCAUCAACUUCAAUCCAACCGAAAAUUUGAAGCAAAAAGCAAUAUUACCACCCACUCCAUAUUAAUAAGCAAUAAUUACAUAAAAAUGUCAAACAAAAAUAAAAAUGUCACAAUAAUUUCACCCAAACCUUGAUUAUGACACACUGUAAUAUUUGCAUACAUUAAAAACAUAUUUUAUUUGAUUACAUAAUCUGACAAUGUAUAACACAAAACACAUAUAAUUACUGACUACAUACUUGCAUUUAUAGUCAUAAAUAACAGUAAGAAAACAUGGUAAAGAAACAAACGUUUGACAAUGUAUCACAUACCAAAUGUGAAAUAUAUUUCUAAUCAGAGAUGGGAACAUUGUAUCUUUCAUCAAUGAACUGGUUAAUGGACAUUCACUGCUGAGUAAGAAGUGGAAUUUCCUAUUAACAUU